UUUCUGCAGCUGUCAGGCAGCCAGGCAGGGGUAGGUAGGUUUCGUUUCAUCAGACAUCAGCUCCCUCGUCUCUGCAGCUGCGGGCUGUGGCUUCAGUACCAGCCAGCAAGUCCACACUCUUGCCAUCUUCCACUCCACCGAGGCAGCUCCAAGCCAUGGCCAUGGAGAAGGCCGCCUCCUUCCUCUCCUCCCUCCUAGGCGGCGGCGGCGGUGGAGGCGGGGAGCCGGCGGCGACAGUCAAGUCUAUUUUCAUAUACCCCAUCAAGUCCUGCAGGGGUCUCGCCGUGCCACAGGCGCCCAUCGCCUCCACUGGGUUCCGGUGGGAUCGGCAGUGGGUGGUGGUGAACGCCAAAGGGAGAGCAUACACCCAGCGGGUGGAGCCCAAGCUCGCCCUUGUCCAGGUGGAGCUGCCGCCGGAGGCCUUCGACGAGGACUGGCAGCCCACGCCCGACGACCACAUGGCUAUCAGAGCACCUGGAAUGGACACAUUGAAGAUACCUCUAGCAGCGGAACACGCCACAAUCGAUGACGUCUCUGUGUGGGAGUGGUCUGGCUCUGCCUAUGAUGAAGGCGCUGAAGCAGCCGAAUGGUUCUCCACUUACUUUGGGAAGCCAAGUCGACUAGUGCGCUUCAAAGAAGCAUCGGAAACUAGACCAACCGAUCCAGAUUUCGCCCAAGGUUACAAGAUUGCAUUCAACGAUUGCUUCCCAUUUCUGAUAGCCUCUCAGGGUUCACUGGAUGCACUAAAUGAGAUUCUUAAGGAACCUGUACCAAUGAACCGCUUCAGACCAAAUAUUUUAGUCGAUGGAUGCCACCCAUACUCAGAGGACCUGUGGAAAACCAUAAAGAUAAACAACCUAACAUUCCUAGGUGUGAAGUUAUGCAACCGUUGCAAGGUGCCAACCAUUAAUCAAGAGAAUGGAAUACCUGGCACUGAACCAACUGAAACUCUACUGACAUUCCGGUCUGACCAAGUGCUUCGUCCAAGCCACAAAAAUAAACGACAGGUGUACUUUGGGCAGAAUUUAGUCUGCAAGGAAUCUCUAUCAGGAAAGGGCAAAGGAAAGAUCAUCAAGGUUGGCGAUCCAGUUUAUGUUCUGCAAGCGUUCGCUUCUUCUGAUGAAGCCCCAGCCUGAUUUAGGGUUAAAAAUAGUGACGAUGUGUUCAAAAUAAGUGAGUGUGUUAUACUCCCUGGAUAAAUAAAAAUCAGUAGGCUGUUAAGACUGUUUGAUGAGAGAAUAAAACACUUGCCCUGGACACUCGUUAUGAAUUAGCUUAACCUUCAUCAGGUACUUAUUUACCACUA